CGCCUCCCAUGAAUAUGCCACUGAUGAGGAGGUGAAGAAACAACAGACGAGGCACUCGAGGAGACAUAGGGCCAGGUCAAUCUUACGGUGCGAUUCAUCUGGGCCUGCCGGGAGCGUCAGAACCGCAGCCCGCCGUGGGCACCAUCACCCUCCUCUCCUACGUUCCUACCCAGCCGUGAGAUCUCAGCCUCGGAGGAUUUGCAAGUCCGUAGUAACAAUGAUCGAGGCCAACACCAGCGAUUCCCAAGUCGUCCCCGUCGAGAUCCCUUCCACAGUUCCUCCACCGAGUCCGCACCACAGCAUCAGCAUCACCGUCCACGCGGCGACGCCGGAGCACACCAACCGGCGGCGUCCUUUGCUUGUAAUCUUCCACGAAGCCACACUGAGCGGCCGAUCCAGGAGGCCAGCCUCGCCGCCCCCCAUCUCCCUGUGUCCUCUCGGGAUGGCGAGAUGGUCGGGCACCCCGGUGGCCAAGCACCCUGGAGGCCCCACCAUACGCUGCAGCUUGUUGUGACGAACGUGCACGGGGAGGACGUCGUGGGGAGGUUCCUGGGUGCAACCGCCGCGGCAGCGAUGACCGCGGAGUACGAGCCUACGAGGCACGAGGUGACGAAGGCGCUCCUGGAGGCAGUCGCGGCUGUGUGGGCAGCGGAGGAAGAGACAAAUAAUCUCGUUAGCGGAAUCAAAAGUUAAUGCAGAACUGGCCGCAACAGGCAAAGAGGUAGAGGCCCGAAGAUGGAGAAUAUCACGCACGUGGAGGAGCUAGAGAAGCUUAUGCUGAGAGACAGUAAGAAGGCAACAUGGUACAUGCGGCUGGGAGAGAAAAAAAGAACAAUAUCGACUCCAAAUUAUCCAAGUCAGAUUUAUAUGAUCUAUUUGGCCUGGUUAGGAAACUGCAUAUAUGCCUUUGUCAAUGUGCAAUCGAACAGCCAUCGGGUGGUGAUGAGAGGACUACUGAAGCAGGGGAAGCACACUUCAGUUGGUUACCCAUGGUUUUUUCAGAAGAUGCAAAGCAUGCAGAAUGUGACCAGUCACACACUAGAGAGCAUCGAGAGCUUCCGUCAUUGGAUAAUGGCAUCAAAUAUGCGGUUCAAGUCCUUUCACAGUGCAGGUGAACUGGAGAAUUCUAUCAAAUAUAAGUGCCCUUUCAAGACUGGCAUUGUCCUUUCUUCAGUGUACGUAUGAUAUUACAUGAUUAAACAUGCCAAUUGUUUAACUUGAUUUAGUUGUCGAGAGAACUUAUUUUUUACAUUGUAAGAAACAUGUCCUGUUUUUCCCCAUUAUUUAAGUGUGUGCCAUAUUAUCUUUGUUCAUGAUUCUGACUUUACAUUUUCAAUAUUCUCGGGAUAUACCUUAUUAUGAUGAUGUUCAGUGUUGCUCCUCUGGUGCCAACACCUCUUUGGAUUGCUAGACGUUUAUAGCUAGUGUGACUACUUUUUUUGGUUCUUGGCUCGAGCUAUCACUAUAAUUGAAAUCUAUUCAUCUAAAUUUGUAUGGUCACCAAAAAACAACGACAGGUCUACACUUCUCAGCAGUUUGCAAUUUGUAUUAGAGUCUGUAUGCCUAAGCCAAUGGUUAGACAAUGUUGUUUUAGUUAGGAAAUGUAGAAAUCAUGGUCAUAACUUAUGUAGAUUGGACAGUCCCUUCGAGCUGCACUCUUCGAUCAUUAGUGGACAAUUUGACUAUAUGUUCCCUUAUAGAAAAUUGACUAUAUGUUUCAUGAAAAUGGUUAUUUUGGCCUUAUCAGAUUAAACUAGGCCUUGAUUUGAAAGUACAGUUCAGGCAGAUGUUGCUGGUUUAUUUAUCGUACCAACUAUCCUCUUUAGGCAGAGAUGUGGCCUUCCUCAUUUCUUAAGAUAUUUUUCCUUUGGUACCAAGAUUUUUCUUCCCAGGUUGUGGAAAAAUGGAUCUAGCAAUCCUUUACAAGUACAUAGUCGACCCGACCAAUCCUGGUUCUUGCAACGAGUCUAAACAAUGC